AUGUCCUCCGUCAACAUCCACACCCUGCAGCGCAUGACGGCCAAGACGCUGUCGGAGAAGCUCCUUCAAGAGCACGAGGCCGCGAACCCAACCUUUGCCGUCAUCGACGUGCGCGACGACGGCACGUUCUCCCCCCAAUUCCCCCUUCCCCCUCCCACGCCCGACUACAUCGGCGGGCACAUCCGCGGCUCCACCAACGUGCCGAGCACGCAGCUCGACGCCAUGAUGCCGACGCUGGUGCGCAAGCUCAAGGACAAGGACGCCGUGGUGUUCCACUGCGCGCUGAGCCAGCAGCGGGGGCCCAGCGCGGCGCUGCGCUACCUGCGCGAGAGGGACGGCCUGCUCAAGUCGCUGGGGGAGACGAGGGCGCGGCCGGACCAGCCUCAGGCUGUGUAUGUCCUGGACAGGGGGUUUUCUGGCUGGCAGGAGGUGUAUGGCACGGAUGAGCGGUUGACGGAGGGGUAUAGUAAGGAGCUGUGGGAGAACUACUGA